UUAAAGUUGCUAUUUCUCCUCGAGAUGCUUUUGGAGUGUGAGGAGGAGGCUGUCUGUGUCAUUAUGUGCGCGUCGGUCAAGUCUAACAUCCGGGGUCCUGCCCUCAUCCCAAGAAUGAAGACCAAGCACCGCAUCUACUACAUCACCCUCUUCUCCAUUGUGCUCCUGGGCCUCAUUGCCACGGGCAUGUUUCAGUUCUGGCCCCAUUCCAUCGAGUCCUCGAGUGACUGGAACGUGGAGAAGCGCAGCGUGCGUGAUGUGCCAGUGGCCAGACUGCCCUCUGACAGUCCCGUCCCCGAGCGGGGGGAUCUCAGCUGCAGGAUGCACACGUGUUUUGAUGUCUACCGCUGCGGCUUCAGCCCAAAGAACAAAAUGAAGGUGUACAUCUACUCUCUAAAAAAGUAUGUGGAUGACUUCGGAGUCCCGGUCAGCAACACCAUCUCCCGGGAGUAUAAUGAGCUACUCACGGCCAUCUCGGACAGUGACUACUACACUGACGACAUCGGCCGGGCCUGCCUGUUUGUUCCUUCAAUUGAUGUGCUUAACCAGAACACACUCCGCAUCAAGGAGACAGCGCAAGCACUGGCCCAGCUUUCUAGGUGGGAUCGAGGUUCAAAUCACCUGCUGUUCAACAUGUUGCCUGGAGGUCCCCCAGAUUACAACACGGCCUUGGAUGUUCCCAGAGACAGGGCCCUGUUGGCUGGUGGUGGCUUUUCCACGUGGACUUACCGACAGGGCUAUGAUGUCAGCAUUCCCGUCUACAGCUCCCUGUCGGCCGAGGUGGAGCUCCCAGAUAAAGGACCAGGUCCACGGCGACACUUCCUCCUGUCCUCGCAGACAGGUCUCCAUCCUGAGUACAGAGAGGACCUAGAAGCCCUCCAGGCCAAACAUGGCGAGUCGGUGUUAGUACUGGAUAAAUGCACCAACCUUUCAGAGGGUGUCCUUUCUGUCCGCAAGCGUUGCCAUCAACACCAGGUCUUCGAUUACCCCCAAGUGCUGCAGGAGGCGACCUUCUGUGUGGUCCUUCGUGGAGCUCGGCUGGGCCAGGCGGUUUUGAGCGAUGUGUUACAGGCUGGCUGUGUCCCAGUGGUUGUUGCAGACUCCUAUAUUUUGCCUUUCUCUGAAGUUCUUGACUGGAAGAGAGCAUCUGUGGUCGUACCAGAAGAAAAGAUGUCAGAUAUGUACAGCAUUUUGCAGAGCAUACCCCAAAGACAGAUUGAAGAAAUGCAGAGACAGGCACGGUGGUUCUGGGAAGCCUACUUCCAGUCUAUUAAAGCCAUCGCCCUGGCCACCCUGCAGAUUAUCAAUGACCGGAUCCAUCCAUAUGCUGCCAUCUCCUAUGAAGAAUGGAAUGACCCUCCCGCUGUGGUAAGUGAAUUCCAGUGUAGCUCUGUGAGGCACAAUCCAGCUGUCUGGAUGGGAGAAGGGACAUUGCUCUGCAGUUGUAAAGGUAUUUAAACUCCAGCUUUCCAAGAUGCGCGUGUGCUUUUUAUACUCAGAGCCUGAUAAGGGCAGCUCAAUUUUGAAAUGCUGA